CCUCAUCUAGAAUUGUGUUGAAUUCUCAUCCAUCACAAUGAGCAACAAAUUCUUGGGCACCUGGAAACUUGUCUCCAGUGAGAACUUUGAUGAUUACAUGAAAGCUCUGGGUGUGGGGUUAGCCACCAGAAAACUGGGAAAUUUGGCCAAGCCCCGUGUGAUCAUCAGCAAGAAAGGGGAUAUUAUAACUAUAAGAACUGAAAGUACGUUUAAAAAUACAGAGAUCUCCUUUAAGUUAGGUCAGGAAUUUGAAGAAACCACAGCUGACAACAGGAAAACAAAGAGCAUUGUAACCUUGUCAAGAGGCUCAUUGAAUCAAGUGCAGAAAUGGGAUGGCAAAGAGACGACAAUAAAAAGAAAGUUGGUGGAUGGGAAAAUGGUAGUGGAAUGUAAAAUGAAGGGCGUGGUCUGCACCAGAAUUUAUGAGAAGGUCUGAGAAAAUCUCUUCCUCAUUGAAGUGAUAUUUGAUCAUUUGAUGUUGGAAAUCAACGGUUUUUAUUGACAAGGCCCCACUACUCUGCAAUUUGUUUGUUUUUGCUUUUGUCUUAAUAGAUCAGAUAAGUAAAGGCCUAAACUGAGGUUUAAUCUAAAAUUCAUUGUUGUUUCAACAUUUUCAAUGUGCAUGCAUUUCCUUACUAUAUUAAAGUAUGUAUAGUGGCCAGACCUAAGUAGUUGAUAAUGUCAUUUAGUUAUCUGUGAAAUUGUAACCUAUGUUGUAUUUUGUAUGUAUAUCAAAAUGACAGUAAAGCAAGUAACUGGAUAGUAAAAGGAAGUAAAUGUAUUGAUCUGAGUAGCAGCAUGAUAGGGAGGAGGGUCAGAAGUGAGACAAACUACAGGAAGGAGCUAUUUUAAACCAGAGUUCUAUUUCAGCUAAAAGGGCAGUUUCUACCCCAGCCAAUUUUUAAAAAUUGACGGGUAAUUUAUGGACAGUGACAUGCACAGAUAUCAAGGGUAGAGUUCAUUCCAUUGUGACAAAUGCACGCACCCAUAUAACUCACAUCCUGAUCAAGAUAAUGGUACAUUUCCUUUAUCCCAGAAAGUUUGCUCAUGCCUCUUCCCAGUGUCUUGCCCUGUCCCACCUCCACCAGAAGCAAGUAGUCAUUUGUUUUCUAUCAUUUGGGUUUUACAUUACAAUUCUCUUUAACAUGUGGGUUUUUAUGCAAAGAAAUGUUAUUUUUAAUUCAAAAAAGUAUACAUUUUUAAAAUGAAAAGGCAACCAGGAAAUUUUUUUAAAUCUUAAAGGGGAAGACAACUGCUCCCAUUCUGCAUGGUAUGAGCCAACACUUUGCACAUGCGAACAUACCGUAUUCAUCUGCGACCACAGCGUUCAUACUGUUUUACAUUCUGCUUUUUGUGACUUUAACACAGAUUCUUCCACAUUUCAACAGGUGCUAUGCCAUAAUUUAUUACGAUUCUCUAAUAUAAUGGUUCUAUCUUUAUGUCAUAUCCAGUUUGGAGUUAUCGUAGAUUAUUUUGCAAAAAUUGCCUUCAUGUAUAUAUCAGAUUGUGCCGAAUACUUUUUCUAGGAGAGGGUUUAGUAAGUCAAAGAAUAUGGAAAACCCGAUGGUUUCUUUCUUAUUAUUUCUGUAUUGCUUUCCUGAGUGUUGUUAGUGAUGAGGGACCAUGCAACCAGCGGUAUACAUGUAUAGGGCGAUGCAUGAACACAGGUCCUAUGCUGAUGCUAACAGCUACUGAAUAUUAUAUGUGUGCUGCGUGCCACGCUCAUUGACCCUCUACCAGAUGAUUUAUAUGCCAUGUUGCCAUAUUUAAUAUAAUUUCACACAACAACCCUAUCAGGUAAUACUAUUAUUAUCCCCAUUUUGUAAAAGAGAGAACAAUGUAGAAUAACUUGUACAAAGUCCCAAAGUGGCAGAGAAUAAAGAGAGGUCAUUUGCUAAACCUUUUCUCUAUUUUGUCUCCUUGGCCACACCUGUCUAUUAGAAAUACGUCUGUUUCUUGCAAAAUCUCUA